AUGAAAGCUCUAAGUGGGUCAAUAAAUUUGCCAUUAUCGCGUUUAAGACACAAUACUAACUAUAAACAUAGCUUAGUUGUAGUUUCUUCUCUUUUUAAACCUGCUGGAUUGAUUAUAAAGUUUAAGCCGUUCGUUAGUUUUCUAAUCGUAACUGCAAUAAACAUAUAUAGAAUGACCGAGAGAAAUUGCAUAAAAAAUGCUGAACUCACUCAAAAUACAUAUUUAUAUAUCUGCGAAAGAGAGCGUAUAUAUACACAUACACCUGUGCAGGUGUUGUUGAUUAAAAAAGAAAACACUAAAUUUUAUUGUGCUAGCAUACUUGUUGAACUUCAGUACGAAAAAAAGCGUUUGAGUAUAAAAAGCACGGACGCGUUGAGAGUCAUGAGUCGGAACAUAAAUCUAUUAAGUGCCAACAUGAUUGCAAUUUUUACUUUAGCAAUUCUAGGUGUCGGCUUAAGUGGAGUUUACGGAGAUUGCCAUGCAGAGUUAAAAAAGUUCAAUGGUCGACCACCCCUCGGUGCUUUUGUCCCAAAAUGUAAUACAGAUGGAUCUUACCAACAAAUGCAAUGCCAUGAGGGUUACUGCUUUUGCGUUUUCUCUCAAUCGGGAAAAGAAGUCCUUGGUACCAGAGUGCGAUUUAGUCAGCCAAAGACUUGUGACAUGACACGCUGUUUUAAGGCCAGACAUCAGAUGUUAACAUUAUCACAGAAACUAAUUGGAGUGAGAGUUGCAUCAUGCGACGAGAACGGUAAAUUCGAGAAAGUGCAAUGUCAUCCAAGCACUGGUUUUUGUUGGUGCGCUGAUCCAGACACCGGUAAAGCAAUUGGUGAAGCAACACGAUCUGCUCCCAAAUGUUAAGGAGGACGUUUGUAACAUGCUUUAAAAGAAAAUAUUUUAGUACUUUGUUAA